GAGGAGACACCAAGGGACCAGACCUGCUGCUGUUUUAGAAGACAUGUGGUGUAUAUAAAGUUUGUGAUAGUUGGCAGAAAUUUUGGAAUUUAGAUAAUGGGCUGUGUGCAAUGUAAGGAUAAAGAAGCAACAAAACUGACGGAGGAGAGGGACGGCAGCCUGAACCAGAGCUCCGGGUACCGCUAUGGCACAGACCCCACCCCUCAGCACUACCCCAGCUUCGGCGUGACCUCCAUCCCCAACUACAACAAUUUCCAUGCAGCCGGGGGCCAAGGACUCACCGUCUUUGGGGGUGUGAACUCUUCGUCUCAUACUGGGACCUUGCGUACGAGAGGAGGAACAGGAGUGACACUGUUUGUGGCCCUUUAUGACUAUGAGGCACGGACAGAAGACGACCUGAGUUUUCACAAAGGAGAAAAAUUUCAAAUAUUGAACAGCUCGGAAGGAGAUUGGUGGGAAGCCCGCUCCUUGACAACUGGAGAGACGGGCUACAUUCCCAGCAACUAUGUGGCUCCAGUUGACUCUAUUCAGGCAGAAGAGUGGUACUUUGGAAAACUUGGCCGAAAAGAUGCUGAGCGACAGCUUUUGUCCUUUGGAAACCCAAGAGGUACCUUUCUUAUCCGUGAGAGUGAAACCACCAAAGGUGCCUAUUCACUUUCUAUCCGUGAUUGGGAUGAUAUGAAAGGAGACCAUGUCAAACAUUAUAAAAUUCGCAAACUUGACAAUGGUGGAUACUAUAUUACCACCCGGGCCCAGUUUGAAACACUUCAGCAGCUUGUACAGCAUUACUCAGAGAGAGCCGCGGGUCUCUGCUGCCGCCUAGUAGUUCCCUGUCACAAAGGGAUGCCACGGCUUACCGAUCUGUCUGUCAAAACCAAAGAUGUCUGGGAAAUUCCUCGAGAAUCCCUGCAGUUGAUCAAGAGACUGGGAAAUGGGCAGUUUGGGGAAGUAUGGAUGGGUACCUGGAAUGGAAACACAAAAGUAGCCAUAAAGACUCUUAAACCAGGCACAAUGUCCCCUGAAUCAUUCCUCGAGGAAGCACAGAUCAUGAAGAAGUUGAAGCACGACAAGUUGGUCCAGCUGUAUGCAGUGGUGUCUGAGGAACCCAUCUAUAUUGUCACCGAGUAUAUGAAUAAAGGAAGUUUACUUGAUUUUUUAAAAGAUGGAGAAGGAAGAGCUCUGAAAUUACCAAAUCUUGUGGAUAUGGCAGCACAGGUUGCUGCAGGAAUGGCUUACAUCGAGCGCAUGAAUUAUAUUCACAGAGAUCUGCGAUCAGCAAACAUUCUAGUGGGAAAUGGACUAAUUUGCAAGAUUGCAGACUUUGGAUUGGCCCGAUUGAUCGAAGACAAUGAGUACACAGCGAGACAAGGUGCAAAGUUCCCCAUUAAGUGGACAGCCCCUGAAGCAGCCCUGUAUGGGAGGUUCACAAUCAAGUCUGACGUGUGGUCUUUUGGAAUCUUACUCACAGAGCUGGUCACCAAAGGAAGAGUGCCAUACCCAGGCAUGAACAACCGCGAGGUGCUGGAGCAGGUGGAGCGCGGCUACAGGAUGCCCUGUCCGCAGGACUGCCCCAUCUCCCUGCACGAGCUCAUGAUCCACUGCUGGAAAAAGGACCCCGAGGAGCGUCCCACUUUUGAGUACUUGCAGGGCUUCCUGGAAGACUACUUUACUGCCACAGAGCCCCAGUACCAACCUGGUGAAAACCUGUAAGACCCGGGUCUGCAGAGAGAUGCCUUGUCCCAGAGGCUUCCCCACCCCCUCCCCAUUAGCUUUCAAUUCCGUAGCCAGCUGCUUGCUCCUGAGCAGAGCAGCAAGAACCGUCCAGGAUCAGAUUGCAUGUGACUCUGAAGCUGACGAACUUCCAUGGCCCUCAUUAAUGACACUUGUCCCCAAAUCCGAACCUCCUCUGUGAAGCAUUCGAAACAGAACCUUGUUAUUUCUCAGACUUUGGAAAAUGCAUUGUAUUGAUGUUAUGUAAAAGGCCAAACCUCUGUUCAUUGUAAAUAGUUACUCCAGUGCCAACGAUCCUAGUGCUUUCCUUUUUUUAAAAUGCAAAUCCUAUGUGAUUUUAACUCUGUCUUCACCUGAUUCAACUAAAAAAAAGUAUUAUUUUCCAAAAGUGGCCUCUUUGUCUAAAACAAUAAAAUUUUUUUUCAUGUUUUAACAAAAAAAACAAUCAGGAUAGGUGUUUGUUUUUUCCUUUUUUAUAAAUAUGAAUAUAUAUAAUAUAUAUGUCCCUGUACAUAGACCAUGUGGGUGCUAAUGUGGAGACCGUGGCCAACCUGUGCCACAAAGCUACGGGAUCCAGAGUGAGGAUUUUACUGCAAAAUCUGCAUCAAAGCCCUGGUGUUAUUUUAAAAACCAGUGGCCUCAUUUUUGGCUUUUGCAAAGCAUGAUUUUUUUUUUCAUUUGGUUUGCACUUUUUUUUGUUCAUGACUAUCUGUGGAUGGUUGUUACUUUGACUCUUUUCAGAACCCCCCAAGGAGCUGAAUUCACAAGUUCCAUUACCAGUAUUUGCUUCAACUUACUAGGAUUUAUUCUUGAAACUUAAAAGUCAGCAUAUUUAAGCAAGCAAAUGGCCGAUACUACCAAGGGAACUGGAAGAUGGAUACCACACAAACUUCUUUUAUAAAAAUAUGAAUGCUGAAAUGUUUCAGACAUUUUUAAUUUAAUAAACCUUGUAACCACAUUUAAAUGAUCUAAAACCCAUAGCAUUGUAGUCAUGUCAACCUGCUAAACUCUCUUAUGCAACUAAAAUUUGUGGGGACGGUAAGGGUGGGGGGUUGUAUAUUUCCCAUUGUAAAAUAAGUGUUUUAAAUGUCCUGUACUUCUAAUGAAUGAUUUUCUAUACGUCCAAGAGUUCUCCAGUGGAAUAACUAUGCACUGCUUUACAUUUCAUGGGGAUGCACAAAAAAAUGUAUUACAUUUUUAGUUGCUGUUUGUACCAACCUUGAAUUACAUAUGUUUAGCAACAACAAAUCAAAAAUCCUAUUUCUAUCAAGUUUUUAAUACUUAGUAGCAACUCUGAAGUCUUAAUUCCUUUUUUGUUAUGAUUUCUUUGUGAGUUUACAUUUUUUAAUUGUUUAACUUUCUUAACUUAGUAAUUAAAAAGAGCAUUUUACAUUUGAA